AUGGAGCUGAAAUUCUUCGCUUUUGCGCUGGCCGUCGCCACCGCCUGGGUGCCGCCGGCGCCCGCGCACCGCCCCGCCGUCGCGGUCCGCAUGGGCCGCGGGUCGCGGGGCAUGGCGCGCGAGGAGGUGGACCGGUCCCGGCGCCAGAGCCGCGUCGCGCAGCUCGUGCGCAGCGAGCUGGCGACGGUGAUCCGCGACGGCGCGUUCCUCGUCAAGACCGGGGACCGCGUCGACGCCGAGGUGCUCAAGUCGACGUCCGUGCUCGACGUGUCCGUGUCGCCGGACCUCCGCGCGGCGACGGCGACGAUCACGACGCUCGGCGACACGAGCGCCAAGCGCGAGGCCUUCUCCUGGCUCGUCAAGAACGAGCGGAGCGUGCGCUACGCGCUGGCGAAGCGCCUGAAGCACUCGAAGCGCGUGCCCGCCGUGACCUUCCGCAAGGCCGACGUGUCCGCGGCGACGAAGCUCAUGGAUCUGAUCGACCGCGCGGCCGACGACGGCGGCGACGGCGGCGCCGGCGUCAUCGACGGCCUCGACUUCGACCUCGACCUCGACGACGAGGCCGAGGCGGUCGAGGAGGCGGCCCCCGACGACGACGACUUCGCGGCGCUCCUCGCGAGGCAGGCGGCGCGGCGCGCGACGCUCGGCGGCUCCGCGGAGGGCGACCUCGCCCUCCUCGACGACGACGACGACGAGCUCGACUUCGACCUCGACCUCGACGACGGCGACGGCGACGACGACGCGUGA